UCCGCAUCGCUACGCAAAGGAGCGCGCCGGCUCCCGCUUCCCCACCACUUAACCUCUCUCAUCCGUCGUCGGCGCGGGUGCCUCGCCGCCGAGCGGAGCGGCACGCCAGUCAGUCGGUUUUUGUCCAUCGCGUGGUGCGGCGUGCGGCGACUUGGCGCCGCGAGAGAGCGACUGAACCGGGGUUUUACGCGAUCGGACGCACGCACGGUGACACGAAACCGUUCGCCAAGCGGACGUAUUCCCACGUUCGCCCGGUGUUCUUCGUGCCGCGUGUCGCGUGGGGGGUGGGCGCGCGUUUUCCGAUCGAGAGGAGGAAAAGAGAAAUAAAAGACAAGUCGCGUUUCUCACUCUGUCUCUUUCUCUGCCAAGGGCAAGGGGGAGGGGAGGGGGAAAAGAAGAAGCGCGCCUCGUGGGCCCCGUGCGAGACCGGAGGCGCGCGGUCGGCCAUUGUGCUUUCUUCGUGUCGCCGAUACGAUCGGCGCGUUGUCUGUCAGCCUGAGUGCUCAGUGUCGGCUUAUACCGGGUGAACCUGCGAGAGGGACGUGUACGUGCGCCGUAUCUCGCCGCCCGGCUACUACUACUACUACUACUACUGUCGGUGCUGCACCGCCGCCGCUGCCGCCGCCGUCGUCAUCGUCGUCAUCGUCGUCGUCAUCAUCAUCAUCAUCGUCAUCAUCAUCGGCGCCUUCGGUCUGCGGUUAGCCAGCAUCAGAGGAUGCGCGUGCACGGGAGCGAGUCCGCGAGGCGGUGCGCGCGAGUAACGCGCCGGUGAACGCGCGAAGAAAUGAAAUGCGCGAAGAGGAGAGCCAUUAGGAAUCCGCCGUUCUCGGCGAAUGUCAUUCACCCUGCGUGUGCACCGUAAGAAGACGAAAAAGAAGAAGAAGAAAAGAAGAAGAAAAAGCAGGAGCAGCAUCGCCGCGGAAGAGGAUCAAGCGAAGAAGAAUCAAGGCAGAGGAGCUACCGAUCGUAAGAACGCGCGGUCUCUUCAUUCGAGGCGUUCUCUCCCCGGGAGUCGAAUCGAUUUCAAAUGAGUCCAGCCUGUCGAUCGAUCGAACGGAGAACCGUCUGACGCAGCAGUUCGUGGGUGCCGCCGCGGUGCUUCCGUAUCGAGAUACAUCGAGAAGAUACGCAGACACCCCCCCGUCCUCGUCGAGCCUCCGUGAAAGGGGACGACCGGUCGUGGAACGUCCCCGGUGGUGUCCGCGGGGACGCAGAUGGGAGCUUGUCUAGAAGUCCCAUCAACCCCGUGCGACAACAAUCGAAAGUGUUCACCGCGAUCGACUUCACGGCCGUCGCCGCGACCCCCGCCGACGUCGCCCACCGACGUCGCCGUCAACCACGAGGCCUCUUCUUCUCCCACCCGAUUCGGUCGCGUAAAUCCGAUCAAGCUGGAAUUGAUGGAGUUGGAGAAUAUCGUUGCGAACACCGUGUACCUGAAAGCGAGAGAAGGUGGUGGUGACAGCAACAAGGGAAAGAGUAAGAAAUGGCGGAAGAUACUUCAGUUCCCACACAUUUCCCAAUGCAUUGGCCUAAAAGAUAAACUAGACAUCAGGUACGGUUAUGUGGUGGACCAGCAGCCGAUCGGGCGGCUGCUCUUUCGACAAUUCUGCCAGGACAAGAAGCCGGCCUACCACCGGUACAACCUCUUCCUGGACGCGAUCGAGAAGUACGAGAUCGAGCUGGACGAGACCCGCAUCGAUCUGGCGAAGGAGCUGUUCGAGCAGUACCUGAAGCGGGAGGGUUCGGAGGUGGUCGACAUCCUGAACGAUUCCCUGAUCUCUCAGUGCGAGGAGCGACUCAGCACCGGCGGCAAGGAGCUCUUCACCGAGGUCGCGCAGACCGUGAAGAACUUCCUGGCCGGCGAACCAUUCUCGGCCUUCCUCAGCAGUUUUUACUUCUACAGGUACCUCCAGUGGAAAUGGCUGGAGGCGCAACCAGUGACGUACAAGACCUUCCGGAUGUAUCGGGUGCUGGGCAAGGGCGGCUUCGGCGAGGUCUGCGCCUGCCAAGUGCGCGCCACCGGUAAGAUGUACGCGUGCAAGAAAUUGGAGAAGAAACGCAUUAAGAAGCGGAAGGGCGAGUCAAUGGUGCUGAUCGAGAAGAACAUCCUGCAGAAGAUCAACUCCAAGUUCGUCGUCUCGCUCGCGUACGCGUACGAGACGAAGGACGCGCUCUGCCUCGUGCUGACCAUCAUGAACGGCGGCGACCUCAAGUUCCACAUAUACAACAUGGGCGGUGAGCCGGGUUUCGACAUAAAUCGCGCCCGAUUCUACGCGGCCGAGGUCGUGUGCGGUCUGGAGCAUCUUCAUCUUCAGGGUAUCGUCUACAGGGACUGCAAGCCGGAGAACAUACUUCUGGACGAUCACGGUCACGUGAGGAUAUCCGAUCUCGGUCUCGCGGUGGAGAUCACGGAGGGCGACAUGGUGCGCGGUAGGGUCGGCACAGUGGGUUACAUGGCGCCCGAGGUGAUCGACAACGAGAAGUACACUUUCUCGCCGGACUGGUUCAGCUUCGGCUGCCUGUUGUACGAGAUGAUCGAGGGCCAGGCGCCGUUCCGCGCUCGCAAGGAGAAGGUCAAACGCGAGGAGGUCGACAGACGCGUCAAGGAGGAUCAGGAGAGGUACUCGCCCAAGUUCAGCGAGGAUGCCAAAAGUCUGUGCCAGCAGCUGUUGAAGAAGGGCCCGAAGAACAGGCUUGGUUGCAAGUGCGGCCGACACGGGGCGAAGGAAGUGAAGCUCCAUAGCUUCUUUCAGUGCCUAAACUGGAAGAGGGUCGAGGCCGGUAUGUGGGAACCACCGUUUGUGCCGGAUCCUCGUGCGGUUUACGCUAAAGACGUUCUGGACAUCGAACAAUUCUCCACGGUGAAAGGUGUCAAUUUGGACGCCACGGACGAUACCUUCUACAGCAAGUUUAACACCGGCAGCGUGUCCAUUCCAUGGCAAAAUGAGAUGAUAGAGACUGAGUGUUUUAAGGAACUGAACGUAUUAGGUCCUAAUAACACGCCCACCCCAGACUUAUUGAUAAACCAUACACCGCCCAACAAUGACGACAGAGGCUGCUUUCCCUUUCGGAGAAAGAGGAAGCAGAGCGAUCGCACGAGAGAGAUCCCGCUGUCGGAGUGCCACUUGCUGGAACUGUCGCAGACGCAGAGCUCGGAGAUGCCAGCCAGCUGAUCUACGGUGAACAAGAAUAACAGUCUGAAUCGAUUGACGUCGUCGCCAUUUCGACGUUGCCGCCAUCCUGAUGUUGCCGACGGCGCGCGUCCAAAUGCCGCUGGCUGCGGCUGCUGCUGCGUUAAGAGCAAGCCGAUCUCAUUCUCCUUCUCGGUAGCACCCGAAGCCACGGCAAGUGUUCGCAUAAUAGGCAGCCGCAACGACCGCGGCGGGUCCGAGGCAUCCUCUCAGGUUUAUCGGGGUGAGAUCAGAGAUCCGCACCAGGACAAAACGCGCGUACGCACGAUUCUACGCGCGCGCGUACAGCUACGCAUACGCGGCGGGCAAGCGCGGCACACGGAAGCCAAACGCAUUGUAUGUCAAAUGCGAAUGACACGUUCGUUACCGAAUAUAUUUUCCUCGAGCUCGAGCGCGGGAAUGUUCGACGUGCACUUUUGCACGUCCAUCAACGUGUAUCAACGUGUUUUAUCGAGCUUCGAUGUGUCCCGAUUCAUGAGUCGCGGGCGAGAGAAAAUUUAGGGCGAUAUGUAGAUAAAUGAUUGUGUCACUCACAGCGCGAUUACGUGGCACAUGUAAUAAUUCUGAACGCGACGGAAAUAUUCCAUUUUCAGAAUGUGUAGCCGGUGGUAACAGCACAUUUUGUUUCUCUCGUUAAGCGACGAAAUGGCGCACAAAAUCUCCAAUCUCAAAUUUCGGCCGUAUUUUAAGUUGAAACGAACGAGUACAUUUAGGUGUACGAAACGUAUGUACAAUUAUUUGCAAAUACUUCUUCGACGUACUUACGAAUCUCUUUUUUUUAAAUUAACGAAUACAGAAAUUUAAUUUAUAUUUUCAAAAAGCCGUUUUCUCUUAGGCUAGAUCUUCAUUUCGUAUCGCUUUAUUCUUAAUGAUCGAGGAGCUCGUUGCCCCAUUCCAUCGAAAGAAAUCGACGAGAAUCACAUUGGCGCACGAUCAAGCGUGAGAAAUCGUGAGUAUGCUGCAAUCCAAUUUUUUUCUUCACUCCCAAAUCGCUUCCAAGUACUUUUAAGUACUUUCCAAGACGGUCGGCGUUCCCUCGGUCUACUUUUUUCGGGUCGUCAACGAUCCCGAUCUGUAUCUGUUCGUAUCUGUCGGAGGCGAGUAAGCUACGUCGGCCAAGAACUUCGGUCGUAACCGCAUUCGCGCAUUCGAGGAUUUAUGAACGCGCGCGAUAGAGGGUCGAGAAUGGGAUUCGCGGGGGCCGAAAUAGAGUAGGAAGAGAGCUUGUAGACGAGCGAUAACGAGCGCGCACGUGGAACGGACGGGUCGUAAAAGAGCACGUGAAGAGCACGGCGGCGCACGUCCACCCGCCCGCACGUCCGUUUCCUCGCUCGUUCUCGCGUAUCGCGACAGUAAGCUACCGGUAAACGGACACCCGACACUACCGCGAGGCAAAUAAACACUCGCGUACACUCGCGCGUUUAUAAACGUUAACCCGAUACAUAUAUGUAUCUGGAGGUUGUAAUUACGGAGGCAUGUGCAUGUGCACGCGGGUUGACGGCGCCGAGAAGACGCUGCAUCUGAGUGCGCGACGAGCGGAUUAGUAGUAAAAUAUAUUGAUCUAGCGUUGCCAAAUGGAGACGCCAGAUAAGUCCGAUAAAAUGACGAAUGACAAAUUCACAAUAAAACGUUUCUGAAUGUUUAAUGACACUGACACCAUAUGGCAGCGUAUGUUACUAAUGGUAAAAAUAAUAUUCAUCUCAGACGCUGUUAACACGCUGUUAAGUUUAGUCGAACCACGGAGCGCGGAUUGGCGUUACAGCGUCCUAAGGCUGGGCAAUCAUCCAAAAAAA